AUGGAUUCCGAGGACGACUUCAUGUCUGCAGCAUCAAGUGACGAUGACGUUCUCAUGGAUGAGAGUGAGAACGAGGAGGAGUCUGAAGAUGGUAACGAGUUCGGUUUCGAAGAAUCAGCACCAGACAUCAGUUUCAAAGAUGAUAACUCCCAGAAGAAGAAGGCAACGUUCGAUAUUAACUACAAGGUUCAUCAUCCCGAAGAUGUCCAAGGUCAGCAGGACGAACUUAUCAACGAAGUAAACAUGAUACUCGACAUUAGAAAAGAGGACGCGGCUAUUCUCUUGAGGCAUUUCAGGUGGAACAAGGAACGUUUGAUUGAAGAUUACAUGGAUCGCCCGAAAAAAGUUCUUGAUGACGCUGGUUUGGUGUCGAGUAAAUCAGGGCCACCAAAACUUGAGGUUAUACCGGAUUUUGUUUGCGAUAUCUGCUGUGAGGACGAACUCGGCCUACAAUCAUUUGCUAUGAAAUGUGGGCACAGAUACUGCGUCAACUGCUACAAUCAAUACUUGAUUCAAAAGAUUAAGGAGGAGGGAGAGGCAGCUCGUAUUCAGUGUCCACAUGAUGGAUGCCGAAGGAUUAUGGACAGCCACUCUCUAGAUCUCCUUGUCGCUGCAGAUUUGAAAUCACGAUAUCACGAACUCCUUACCAGAACAUACGUUGAGGAUAAAGAAUUCUUGAAAUGGUGUCCCGCUCCAGAUUGUCAAAAUGCUAUCGAAUGCGGCAUCAAGAAGAAAGAUCUCGAUAAGGUUGUCCCAACAGUCGUAUGUGAUUGCAAGCAUCGUUUCUGUUUUGGUUGUAUCUUAGCAGACCAUCAACCUGCACCUUGUACACUGGUCAAGAAAUGGUUAAAGAAGUGCGCGGAUGAUUCAGAAACUGCCAACUGGAUUUCUGCCAACACCAAAGAAUGUCCAGAAUGUAAUUCCACUAUCGAGAAGAACGGAGGUUGCAACCAUAUGACAUGUCGGAAGUGCAAACACGAGUUUUGUUGGAUGUGCAUGGGACUAUGGUCGGAGCACGGUACAAGCUGGUACAAUUGCAAUAGGUUUGAAGAGAAGAGUGGCUCCGAAGCUAGAGAUGCUCAGGCCAACUCUCGAAAGUCUCUAGAACGUUAUUUGCAUUACUACAAUCGAUAUGCAAAUCAUGAACAGUCGGCAAAGUUGGACAAGGAUAUUUACCAUAAGACUGAAAAGAAAAUGAUUCAACUUCAAUCUGCUUCGGGAUUAUCCUGGAUCGAAGUUCAGUACCUUAACUCGGCCAGUCAAGCCUUACAAACCUGCCGUCAAACUCUUAAAUGGACCUACGCUUUUGCUUUCUAUCUUCAGCGCAACAAUCUUACGGAGCUGUUCGAAAACAACCAAAGAGAUCUCGAGAUGGCCGUCGAAAAUUUGUCAGAAAUGUUUGAGAAACCGGUUCAGGAACUUGCAGUUCAAAAGUUGAAGGUUGAAAUUAUGGACAAGACAUCCUAUUGCAAUAAACGUCGGGUCAUUCUGCUUGCAGAUACGGCCGAAAAUCUUGCCAAUGGUUCGUGGUCUUGGAGCACAAACUUCUAGAUCGCACAUUGUUCAGUUUUUGGUCGCUUCUUCGCUAACUUUGACUCAGUCUUGGUAGAUAGCCAAUCAAUUCCAAAGACCAAGGAGCGAGAGCAGCAACCAUUUUCAAGUAUGCCAGAAGAUUUUGUUAUACCCACCAUCUUUGAGUGAUGGUCUUCAAGGUUCCCUCUACCAGUUUCUAGACCUUGAAUGUCUUUUGUACAGUGAUCAAAGUUUCUCACUGCAUCCUUGGGCGUUUGUGCUGGCUUAUCUUAGUCUCCUUGACACUGGAUGUUUCCUUUAUUUUCUAAGCACCUAUUGCAAUUUCCUCGACCUGAACACCUUUUUACGACGCGGAAAGAAUAGGUACAAGAACACGGUGCAUAAUUUUUCUUCCACUUUAGCUAUCUGUCUUCAUCCAAUUUAUCGAUCAUGGCGUGAUGAGGUUAUCAUAUUUGUUCUUUGCUCCUCUUGCUUGCCUUGUCUUUCCGCAAGCCGGCCGGUCCAUCUAUCUAUGUUUUGGUGGGUAUCGAAUGGAAAGGAAUUGGUUUGCACUGGUAGGAAUUUGGUUUGGUUGGUUGCUGGUCGCUUACUUGCUUGCAAUGGAUUCGGGGAGUACAUAGGGGUGGGUGGUGUAUGAUCGGAUAGGGCAGGGCGUAGGUGACUGAGCUAGGUCACUAUCUAGCAGAUAAAAACAAAAUCCACAAGAUUGAGAAAUAAAGUCUGAUUUUAAGGACGGAAUCAAAUGGAUAUUUGGUGAAUCAGCGAACAGUGAACUGAUAAUUGGCGAUGUUAAUUUGUAUUUCGAAAUAAAAAGCAUAAAAAAUUGUAUCUUUCUGCUGCGAA